AAGCCGGUUUCUUCCUUCUCCACGUUUGUUAAACGGAUUUGGUUUGUCUUCCCCAUCAAUGCCUGAUGUGUAGCAAUCCUGCGCAACAAAUGAAAGCCGGAAAUGAACAGUGUUUUGCAACCCUUCUGUGAAGGUGGUUUUGUGAAGAAAGCGAGAAAACAAAAUUAGGUUUUGGAGGGCAUUCGGUCGGUUUGGAUAGACGCAAGAUUUGUUAAUCUCAAAUGCUUGUUCGUGUGAGUGUUAGAGAAGGAAGGUGAAGAACCCAAUAUGAAGAGAGCAAAGCUGAGCGAGAACAAUGAAGACAGGCUCAGUGAUUUGCCGGAUUGCGUUCUCAUUCACUUAAUGUCGUUUCUGCCAACCCAAGUUGCUGUUCAAACUUGCAUCUUGUCGAGGAGAUGGAAGGGUCUCUGGAAACGUCUUCCUACGCUUAUAUUACAUUACAGGCACUUUUCAUCAAUGACCUCUUUCAACCGAUUUGUGCCUAAGGUUCUGUCUUUCCGUGAUGACUCUGUUCCACUCCAACAUCUUGAAUUCAAUUAUAAUGGCCGUGUUCGUCCCCAUCUUCUGAAAAGGGUUCUGAGAUAUGCUUUAUCUUAUGAUAUCCAGCAGUUAAAACUCACUUAUAAUUGUGAUCUUGAUUUGCCACCUUCCUUGUUUUUGUGUCAGACUUUAACAUCUCUUGAUCUCACAGUUUUUCACAGAUCUCAGUCAUUUCCCAAAUCUCUAAAUCUGACAGCUUUAACAAGUUUGAGUCUUUAUAAAUUCACCUUUGGUCACAGUGAAUUGGUGGAGCCAUUUUCGUCAUGUAUUAAGUUGAAGACUUUGGUUAUUCACAACUGUGCUAUAGGGGAUACCCAAAUCCUAUGCAUUUCAAAUGCUACACUUGUCAAUUUGGACAUACGUUCUUACCAAGCUUACAAAAUUGUGCUAUCAACUCCCAAUCUUUGUUCUUUUGCUUUCUCGGGUAUUCCCAAUAAGCAUAUCUCUGCAAGCAAUCUUUCUUCUAUUAAAGAAGUAAAUAUUGAUGCUGAUCAAUGGGCUGCUUUGUGUCACUCGCGUUCAGGUUUUAUCCUAUUUAGCUGGCUGCAACUAUUUGCUAACGUGAGAUCAUUGACACUCUAUUCAAGUACUCUUCAGGUUCUCUCCUCCAUCCCAGAUUUAUUGAAUACUGAAGCCCCUUGCUUCGGUAACUUGAAGUCAUUGAUAGUGAAAGUGAAAAACAUAUUGCCUCCAAAUCAAAGGCCGGGAAGAAUUUACAAAUCAAAGAAAGCAGAAUUGAAACCUGUGCCUGACGGAGUAGUGGAUUACUUGAUUCGAAACUCCCCAUUUGCAGAGAUUACUAUCAUAAAUUGCUGAAGGGCAUGUUGCUUGCAGUCAACUUCCGUCAUAAUUAGCUGCCUGCAAGUGCUUGCUAAUGUAAGAUCAUUGACGCUCUCUCCAUGUACUCUUCAGGUGUUUCGUUAAAAGGUUCUCUCCUUAGUCACAGAUUUACUGAAUAUUGAACCCCCUUGCUUGGGUAAUUUGAAGUCAUUGAUAGUGAAAGUGAAACCUCUACCUCCCAAGCCAAGAAAAGCUGCCAAGUCAAGGAAAGCAGAAUUCAACACUUGUAACUGAUGGAGUGGUGGACUACUUGGUUGGAAAAUCCCCUCUGGGUGAGGUUACAAACUUACAAUCGUAAAUUGUAAAGGUGCUAUGCACAUUUAAGUUUGACUUUUAAAAUAAAGAUUCAUAUUGUUGUUAUUUUUUUCUUGCUUUCUCUGUUUCACUUUUCCUCACCGUAUGUUUUAGUUGUUACAA